AUGGCGGCAUCCCAGGCCUGGCGCUGCCUCGCAUUGCUGCUCCUGCUGCUUUGUGACCCCGCUCGCUUGUCCAGGGUGCCCGCGCGGACGCAGAGGAAAGGGAUUCUUGCCGAAGCCAUGCGGAGACUGCAGGAGGUCUUUGACAUUGAGGCCUUGCCCCAUGAUGUCCUGCCUCACAGGAAGCCACCCCAGUUUAUGGUAGAUCUUUUCAAUAAGGUGGCAGAUUCCAACGGGAUCACGAAGGCCCCAGGGCUGCUGGAAGGCAACGUGGUGCGGAGCCUUGAAGACCGAGAUUAUUUUGAUCAGUUUUAUUUCUACUUCAACAUCUCUUCGGUUGGGAGGAAUGAACAAAUGCUAAAAGCUGAGCUCAGAGUUUUCAAGCUGAAUAAAAACCAUGUGCCUCAAAAAUCUUUUUGGCAACAUUUUCUCAAAGUGGAUGUGUAUGAGCUUUUGGACAGGGGAAGUAAGCCGCAGAGAAGAAAUCUCAUUUCAUCCAGAUUACUGUCUUUGUAUACCGAAGGCUGGGAGGUGUUCAAUGUCACGCAGACAGUUUCCAAAUGGUUUGGAAACAGCAGCACUAACCAUGGCUUUUUGAUCACUACAACUCAUCUAUCUAAAACCAAAAUGGAAUCCAACUUCGUCAAGUUUGCCAAGAGCCGGCACAAUAUGCGAGACAGUAGGAAUGCUUUCUUGGUCCUCUUCACCAAUAAUGACAGACAGAAAUCUUCCAGCUUCCUGCCCUCUUCCACUGAAUUCCAGCCAUCCUUGCCUGAAGACGAUACUUCAUCACACCUACCUCACCAAAACGAGGUCUUUGCAAACAUCAGAGUGAACAAAAGCAGAAGAAUUCGGGAUACCUCCUUCUUCUCCCCCAAAGGCCAAAUUGUGCCAUGCCAGCUCAAUGAUCUCUUCGUCGACUUCCAUGAAAUUGGUUGGGCGGGGUGGAUCAUUUCCCCACGUGGCUACAAGGCUUAUUAUUGCAAAGGGGCCUGCCUGUUCCCCUUAGGGGAAAGUCUAAGAGCGACCAACCAUGCUACCGUCCAGUCCAUAGUGCAUACGCUGAAACUGUCCAAAGACGUCAGCACGCCGUGCUGUGUCCCAGACAAACUGAGUUCCAUUAGCAUUAUGUACUUUGACGACAGUGAGAAUGUUGUCCUUAAGAAUUAUAAAGACAUGGUGGCCACGAGCUGUGGUUGUCACUAA